AGCGUUUGUCCUAGAUAAACAAUUGUUAUACAUGUUGUUAGUAGGUCUUUCAGAAAGAUAAUAAUGCUUAAAGAGAGCGCAGGUUUACUUGUGUUUGUGACACUACUAGCAACUUAUGCAUGCGAUACUUCUGGAUCUAAAGAUGACUCCUUGUCAGCUAACAAACGAUUUCUGCUGGAUGGAUAUGCUGUACCUUCAAAUAUUUCAUUAGAGCAGUUUGCAUCAUGUUACCUAACUUGCACACCAACAUAUGGAAAACUCUUGGAAACUUGUUGUAAAUCAGGUCUCAAUGUGGUCUGUUCAAAUCUUCCAUGGGAUAUUUUGAAACCCAAGCUAGGGUCCUGUACAGGAUUAUCAAACAGUCCGACCACUUCAGCAUGGUUGUCCCUGGAACAGUUUGCUGCAUGCUUCCUUACGUGUCUUGUUGGAUUUGAAAAACUUACAGAGGCAUGCUGCCAAACAGGCUUAGAUGCGAUUUGUACAAAUUUGCCAUGGGAAAUAUUAAAAUCUCAAUUAGGAUCAUGCCGAGAUUUCUUCUCAACAACGACAACACGCACUACAGCUACGACAACUCGAGAAUUCUUUAAUAGAACUACCACGCUGGCACCUAUAACAACGCAGACUACAACAGCACAAAAAGUUAUGCCUGUGCUAGAUGGAAAAACUUUCAAGAUUUAUUGCGCAGAAAAUAAUGAGUUUUGGCAUUAUAAUGGUGCAGGUCGUGCUAGGAUUGUUUCAUCACUAGCCCAACCGGAUGAUUCCUUUGUAAGAUUCAUCUUCCACAAACAACUUGAUGGCUCAUAUAAAAUAGAGUCUCUUGCAAAACCGGGCGUUUAUAUGUACGACGGCUACAACGUUCAGGGUGCACCGUACACGUCAUUAUAUGGUCGAGGUAACAUUGAUGACGACAACAUGCGUUACAUAGUUACCAUGGCAACAGAGGAUACCUUCAGGAUACAGACCAAAGCAUCAGGCCGUUAUGUUCGUCUAGAUGAAGACAAACAUGUCACAUCAAAGUUGAAUAUCAUUGAUAACAGAUCGCUGUUUAUCUUCGUAGAAUCAUAACUCUGAUUUAUGUUAUCUUUGGGAAUUAUUUUUGUGUGUAAUUUGUGUGUGGCUUUUUAAACAUUUUUUCUGAGCGUAUUGUGAUCAGUUAUGACAUAAAUACGCUCGUUUAUGCAUAUCAUUUGUGAAUAUUA